AUGCGAUACACCACCUGCAACUUGCCCAAUGGCCUCACCUUCACUGUCUCGCCAGUCUUUGGUGGGGUAACAUUUAAAUCCACCGACUUCAACGUCCAACAGAACCCCACCUUUCCACCGGGCUGGACGAUUAUCAUACACACUGAAAAGCCCAAAGAUGGUGUCAAACCUCCCCCAAGCUCGGACAGUGAGCGCGUUAAUGAUGACGAUAACAUUACCCGCUUCACCAUCCCCACCUUGAACCGCGAUUCGCUCUACAUCUCGUAUAUAGUCAACCCGCCCUCUAGUGACUUCAAACCUGUCACGUCGCCCACGCGCCAGAUUGCCAUGAUGCUGUGGGCGACCAUGUGGUGGUAUUUCCACGAACCUGAGCCAGACCUGCACCUCGAGACGACGGCGUCAAGUUUGACGCCCCACGGCGGACGGCCAAAGGGCGAAUGGCGCAUUAAUAUCAAGCGCGAGGGCAUCUUCAAAGGCCGGAACUUGCUCCAGAAGCUCGAGCGAAUGGGUUUAAUAGCCACCGAGGACUCCUCGGUAGGUCUGCAGCCGAUUGAAACAAGGGACUCAAGCAGCUGGUCCAACAUGUUCGUCAGCCGCCGGAGCUUCUGGCAGCUCGAUCCGCGUCUUUUCCUCUUUACUCUGACGCCACGCGCCGCCGGCCCUCCAUCUCCGUCGUUGUCACCAUACCACUCACGACAAGGAUCCCCAGCCCCGGACGGCCUGUCAUGCCCAACAACACUAGGGCCAACAGAGGCAACAUUCCACACAGCAAAUGUAGGCGCGUUCACCUCCGCAGGCCCCUUCAAUUCAGGAAGCCACCUGCCAACAUACUACCCGCCCGCCCCAACCCAGUACACCUUCACGCACGGCGUGCGGCAUCCCGUGCGCCCGAAACCACCGCACCAGGGCGAGGUCUUCUACGUACGGUACAUCCCAAGCGUGAGCCAGUACCUCUCAUUCCGAAUCCCAUUUGUGCCCAUGACAAAACCAACUUCGAUCCCGGGCUCGAGCAGUGGCGGUGGCAGUGGGAGUGGUAGUCGACCCGGAACACCGGUUACAUCCGCUGUCACGAGUAUCGAGCAGCAUCUCUGCGAGAAUGUCUCCUCAGAUGUGGAUACCUUGCACAGAUGGAUGAAUGUCCCGCGCGUAGAGGCGAUGUGGUCAGAAGGCGGACCGAAGGCUGCACAGGAGAAAUUCCUACUUGCGAAUUUGACGAGCCGGCAUAAAUUCCCUGUUAUUGGAUGCUGGGACGGGAAGCCCUUUGGGUAUUUCGAGAUCUAUUGGGUGAAGGAGGAUCCGCUGGGCAGGUUGCUGGACCGGGUUGAUAACUAUGAUCGGGGUAUUCAUCUGCUUGUUGGCGAGCAGGAGUUCCGUGGUGCGCAUCGGGUUGCUAUUUGGUUGAGUGCUUUGGUGCAUCAUUGUUUCCUGGCUGAUAUGCGCACCGAGGCUGUUGUUUUGGAGCCCAGGGUUGAUAAUCUCAAACUCAUCAAUUACCUCCAGGAAGCUGGCUUCUAUAAAGAAGGUGAGGUUAGCUUCCCGCAUAAGCAGUCUGCCGUUAUGAAGAUUAAGCGCGAGUUCUGGGAAGCGCCUGUUCUUUAG